AUGUCAAACUUCCCGCCGACAAAGGCUGAUGCAAUCACCCAAAUGGAGGAGGCGUUGAAUUUCCUACUGCAGAGGGAUAAUGAGGUGUGCCUCACGUCGUUCAGCAUGCAGCUCCUGGGCGCGUGCUUGAUUCUAAUUUCGGUGGUGCAUGCGUCAGGGCAGAAGGCAGCCCAUACGUACUUACCACUGAACGUCACGGCGGCCGUGGACGACAAGAUUGUAGACAAGGCGGGUGAUACAGGUCUCAAUGGGACAGAUGGUAUCAAGGGCCUCAAUGGAACAGAUGGACCCACAGGGCCGACAGGAGCAACUGGUGUCAAAGGAGACUCCGGCGCGACUGGUUUCACUGGAGAAAUUGGCGCCACUGGAGAAACUGGCGCCACUGGAGCAACUGGAGGCACCGGCGCGACUGGUUUCACUGGAGAAACUGGCGCCACCGGAGCAAUUGGCGCCACUGGAGCAACUGGACGCACCGGAGCCACUGGCGCCACAGGCACCAUCAGCUGUGAUGGCUUUGUGCCGGUCACUGUGAAUUUUGACUUUUAUGAGGAUGGAAGGCGAUUGGACACCGGUUCUGGAGGUUCUGGAGUGGAUGUUGGAAACCCAAGUCUGUUCCCCAACGGCUACUUUGGAUUGACCUUCCCUCCUCAGUUUUACGCAACAAAGAAUGGCGGCAGCAUGCCCACGGCCGCAGCUUAA